UGUGUGUGUGUGCAGGAUCCAACGGACAAACCCCCCAAGUAGAGUCCCAAUUAGCUGCCAUUGCUCUACUCAGUUACAGGAAACCCGAAGCAGGGAGAGAGAGAGAGAGCUACGGAGAUGGCGCUGGCUAAAGAGCUUUUGGGUUGUUCUGUGAUGGAGAGACGAUCGGCGUUUCCUUCGCCGACAGUCCGUUUCCAGCGCCAUUUUCGUCAGCGGCAGGACUACUCGUUCCGGGUCAACCCGGUUGUGGCCGAGAAAACGCGGCUGGGAGUUAGGAAGGUCGUAGCGAGUCCUCCGGUGCCAGCCGUCAGCGAAGAUUUAGUGACAGCGGCACCUGAAAAACCAGCAGCCAAAAUCAAGGUCAGGGCCGUGGUGACGGUGAGGAACAAGCGUAAGGAAGACCUCAAGGACAGCCUCGCCAACUACCUCGACGCUCUCGCCGACAACAUCGGCCGGAAUGUCGUCCUGCAGCUUGUCAGCACCGACAUUGACCCAAACAGCCAAGCUCCGAAGAAGAGCAACGGAGCGGCGUUGAAGGACUGGUCGAAGAAGAUGAAUCCCAAAGCGGAGCGGGUCAACUACCUGGCGGAAUUCACCGUCGAUUCAAGCUUCGGGAAGCCCGGGGCGAUCACGGUGACGAACAAGCACCAGAAGGAGUUCUUCGUGGAGAGCAUCACCGUCCAAGGCUUCGCCUGUGGCCCGGUUCACUUCGCCUGCAACUCGUGGGUCCAAUCUUACAAAGAUUAUCCCCGAAAGAGGAUCUUCUUCUCCAAUCAGCCAUAUUUGCCGAGCGAGACGCCGGCGGGGUUGAGAGCACUGAGAGAGGAGGAGCUGGAGGAUUUGAGGGGCGAUGGCAGAGGCGUCAGGAAACUAUCCGACAGGAUUUACGAUUUCGACGUGUACAAUGAUUUGGGAAAUCCCGACAAAGGGAUUGACUUUGUUCGGCCGACGCUAGGGGGCGAUGAGCGGCCGUACCCACGGCGGUGCCGCACCGGUCGUCUGGCCACUCUUACUGAUUGGGAAGCGGAGAGCCGCGUGGAGAAGCCAUUGCCGAUGUACGUGCCGAGGGAUGAACAGUUUGAAGAGAGCAAGAAAAACGCCAUCUCUGCGGGGCGGCUGAAGGCGGUGCUGCAUAACUUGAUACCAUCACUGACGGCCAACUUAUCAGCCAAAAACCAAGAUUUCAACGGCUUCUCCGACAUCGACAGCCUCUACAACGAAGGUCUUCUCCUGAAACUGGGCCACAAAGCCGAUGAUCUCCUCAGCAAGGUCCCCCUUCCCAACUUGCUUCCCAACAUCCAACAAUCUGGCCACGUCCAUGGCAACAUUCUCAAAUACGACACCCCGAAGAUCCUAUCAAAGGAUAGGUUUGCAUGGUUGAGAGACGACGAGUUCGCUCGCCAAGUGAUUGCAGGGGUGAACCCGGUCAACAUAGAGAGGCUUCGAGUGUUCCCUCCGGUCAGCAAGCUUGAUCCUCAAGUCUCCGGCCCGCAAGAUUCCGCCAUUAACGAGCAACAUAUUCUGCCCCAUCUCAAUGGCAUGUCCAUUCAGCAGGCUAUGGAGGAAAACAAACUGUAUAUCCUGGACUACCAUGAUAUUUACCUGCCGUUUCUAGAUCGGAUCAACGCCCUUGAUGGCCGGAAAGCCUACGCCACUCGAACCAUCUUUUUCUUGACGCCGUUGGGCACUCUCAAGCCUGUCGCCAUUGAGCUCAGCCUCCCGCCGGGCGGGCCCAGUUCUCGUUCAAAGCGGGUGGUGACGCCGCCGCUGGACGCCACCACCAACUGGGAAUGGCAGCUCGCCAAAAGCCACGUCUGCUCCAACGACGCCGGCGUCCACCAGCUGGUGAACCACUGGUUGCGAACGCAUGCGGUCAUGGAGCCGUUCAUAGUGGCGGCGCACAGGCAGUUGAGCGCCAUGCAUCCGGUGUUUAAGCUGCUGGACCCGCAUAUGAGGUACACGAUGGAGAUCAAUGCCUUGGCCCGCCAGACCCUGAUCAACGCCGACGGCGUCAUCGAGUCCUGCUUCACUCCCGGUCGCUAUUCUAUGGAGAUCAGUGCUACUGCCUAUAAGAAUUUCUGGCGCUUCGAUCUCGAAGGCGUUCCUGCUGAUUUGAUACGGAGGGGUAUGGCAGAACCGGACCCAACGAAGCCGCACGGGCUGAAGCUCCUGAUUGAGGACUACCCUUACGCCGCCGACGGCCUUCUAAUCUGGUCGGCCAUCAACAACUGGGUUCGAACUUACGUUAACCAUUACUACUCGGAUUCAACCCUAAUCCACGCCGACAAUGAGCUCCAAGCUUGGUACGCCGAGUCCAUAAACGUCGGCCAUGCCGAUCUUCGCCACGAGACCUGGUGGCCGCCGCUGGCAACGCCUAGCGACCUUGUCUCCAUCCUAACCACCCUAAUCUGGCUGGCCUCCGCCCAACAUGCCGCCCUCAACUUUGGCCAAUACCCUUACGGCGGCUACGUCCCCAAUCGCCCACCACUCAUGCGCCGCCUCAUCCCCAACGAAGGCGACCCGGAGCACACCAACCUCCUUCUUGACCCUCAAAAGUAUUUCUUCUCAGCUUUGCCCGGCUUGCUGCAGGCGACCAAGUACAUGGCCGUGGUGGACACACUGUCGACUCACUCGGAAGACGAGGAGUACCUUGGCGAGCGUCUCCAGCCGUCGACUUGGUCCGGCGACACAGAGAUGGUGGAGGCGUUUUACGAGUUUUCGGCGAAGAUGGGGCGGAUAGAAAAAGAGAUCGAGGAAAGGAACAGUGACCGGAAACUUAGAAACCGACACGGCGCCGGCAUUCUGCCUUACGAGCUGCUUGCACCGAGUUCAGGGCCCGGCGUCACUUGUAGGGGGGUUCCCAACAGUGUAUCAAUUUGAUGAUGUUACUUUUAUAUUAUAAAGUAGAAGAUUGAUUUAAUCAAAGAACAAAAUAAUAUGCAAUUUGGGGAGGGGACCAUAGCAUAGUAUAUAGAUUCAGGAUGCAGCUGCGGCUUCUUUGUAUUAUAUUUAUAUAUUUAUUUAUAUGACUUGAACUCCUUAUGGAGCC